GGAAAAUAUUCACAUGGUCCAUGAGAUCUCCGACGCCAUCAACUAUAACGAGCUACGUCUGAAGAAAGUCUUUUUCACCAGGGACUGUGAAGAACUUUAUCAACUCGGCCACAGAAAAAGUGGCGUCUACGUGAUACGCCCCGAAGGGUCCCCCUAUCUGGUGGUCCAGUGCUUGAUGUACGACUGCGGCGGGUGGACCGUCAUCCAGAGGAACUCCUUCGACACGCCGAUCACCUGGAGUGAAACAUGGACGGCCUACCAAUACGGCUUCGGCAACAUCGAGGCGGACCACUAUCUCGGCAACAACUACAUCCACCGCCUAACCGCCCAGAAGUGGAACAAAGUCCGCUUCCUCCUCGUGGACGCCGAGAACGAGACAAAGCACGCCGACUACGACAGCUUCUACUUGACCGCCGCCGCCGAUAAGUACCGCCUGAGGCUAGGAACCUACCAAGGGGAUGCCGGUGACUCCAUGACGGACAUUAAAAAAAACGUGCACGACAACAUGAGGUUCUCCACGUUUGACGAUGACAACGACCGGCAGCACAAUAACAACUGCGCCGACAAAAAUGGAGGAGGAUGGUGGUAUGACUCCUGCUACGACGCUCUACUCAACAAGAAGAAUGGGAUACAUUGGCAGGCGACGUGCAACCACAACUGCCGCCACUCCCUGAUCCUCAUCAGACCCGUCCAUAUGUACUGCCACAGGGUGUAGGCUGAUGGCUGUGGACCCCCCCAAUGGUAAUUGAUUGUUGGGGGU